AGUGUGAGAAAAUAAUUUUCUAAGGAUAUGCAAGGUAUGCAACCUGGAUCUGAUGUAAUAUGCCGAAAAAGUUUCGUUCUACCCUGAUUACUGGAAAGUAUGGGGUGCAGGAGGAUUUACGUAGAAUAGGAUCGUGCUUCUUCUACAAGGCUACAACAAUAUAACAUGAAGUAAUGCAAUCAAUUACAUAACAUGCAUAUGUUCGAGAAAUUAAAUGGUCAACUUUGUAAUGAACUGAAUUGUUACUGAGUACUAGAAAGUUGUUGUCGUGAAUAGAGAAAUCUAAACACAGUUUGCUGGAUGACUUCAGUCACAUAAUUCACAAGUCCCAAGACUCACGGUUCUUACUCAUUAUGAGAGAUACUAAUGUAAGCUCUAAAACUAGAUCACGAAUUCAAGAAGCUAAGGAAAGUGCUCGUCCAGAACUUAAACCUGAUGACUGGACGAAGCAAAAUUACAAUGAGACGUUUGAUCUGAGCCUCGAUAGCUUUAUUGACAAUGUUCCAAGAAUUGAAUACCAUAAAACAUCAUGUCAAGAGUUCAUUGAGAAGUAUGAAAGACCUCUGAAACCUGUUGUGAUCAGUAAUGGAUUAGUGGACUGGCCAGCUUGCAGAAGAUGGACAUUAAAUCGUUUAGUAAAGAAGUAUCGGAAUCAAAAGUUUAAAGUUGGUGAGGAUGAUGAUGGCUACUCAGUGAAAAUGAAGCUAAAAUAUUACUUGGAAUAUGUUAGAACUACAACUGAUGAUAGUCCAUUGUAUAUAUUUGACAGUUCUUAUGGUGAGCAUCCAAGGAAAAAACGUUUGCUUGAUGAUUAUGAAGCUCCAAAAUAUUUUUCUGAUGAUUUGUUUCAAUAUUGUCCUGAAUCUAAGAGACCUCCUUACAGGUGGUUUGUCUUGGGUCCAGCAAGGUCUGGUACAGGUAUACACAUUGAUCCAUUGGGAACCAGUGCAUGGAACAGUUUGAUAUCUGGUCAUAAACGCUGGGUACUUUUUCCUACUUAUGUACCUCGUGAUUUUGUAAAAUUGACGUCAAGCGAGGGUGGAAACCAAAAAGGCGAGGCAAUCACGUGGUUUAGUAAAAUGUACCCUAAAGUAAAACAGACAUCUUGGCCUAAAGAAUAUGCUCCAUUGGAAAUUCUUCAAAAACCAGGAGAAACAGUGUUUGUUCCAGCUGGCUGGUGGCAUGUUGUUUUAAAUCUAGAUACUACUGUUGCUGUAACUCAAAAUUUUUGCAGCCCAACUAAUUUUCACAUUGUUUGGCCAAAAACUGUUAGGGGCCGACCAAAGUUGUCUAAGAAAUGGUAUCAACGAUUAAAGAGAGAACGUCCUGAAAUGAUGGAGAUAGCCAAUACACAUCACGAUAGUCGUGAUAAUGGCAUUCAGUCUGACUCCUCUAGCUCUUGUUCUUCUUCGUCGUCGUCUUCCGAUUCAUCGUGUUCUAGUGACAACGAGAUACCCGAGAAUAGGAAAAGAAAAAAUAACUAUCAUAAAAGCGUUCGGAUGAAGAAAGUUCUGAGGCUCGUCGAAGUUUGUCCAGUACACCUAAGCACGCCAGAUAACCUUCAAUGUAAAUAUCCAUCAUGCUUUUCUAACUUUUUGCUUUGUUUAUAAUUCUUUAUGAAAAGAGUAUGUCAUAAAAGAUUUUCUGAAUCAUUGCAAUUUUGUAAGGCUAAUUUUGCUUACAAAUAAAAAAUAACUAAAAUA